AUGCCGAAAGACACUGCGGGUAAGAACAAGACAGGGAAGAUUCGUGACCGCCGACAGCACGUCGAGCCGCCCGUCGUGGUCCCCAGCGCCAAGCCUAAGGGUCCACGCGGUAAUCAGGCACCUGUGGUCACACCCCUGCCAGCGUCCCCUUCCACCCAAAAACGCCCGCGAUCAUCUCAAGAUGAGGGUCCUACAAGGAAGAAAACCAAGCACGCGCAGGCCGGAUCCGAUUCCGUCAGGACGCGCCCCAACAGCGUGAGGCAGCGCCACCUUGGGGCACUGCCAUCCGACCCCGGCGCACUCGGCGCUCGGCAACCUUCGCCCCCGCCGUCGAUCCUCCCGCCGUCGAUCCCGACCUCGAGACGUGCCCGUGAUGGACAGCAUCCCUUGUCCUCGCGUCCUCCUCCAUCAUCCGACCCCGUGUCAUCCUCCCUCCCUCCCUCGUCAUCAACGUCCAUCACUUCCACCCUUCAAACCCAAGAAAUGUUUGCCGCCACCAUCAGACGGAUGCGGGCCGCCCCCCAAGCCCAGAUGGACGAUGGCGAAGAACUCCUCACUGACGAAGACGCCCCUCGCAAGAAGGGGAAGCGAAUUCAGUUGUCCGCGCAGGCCGAAGAGGAGGGCGAGGACGUUGCUGAGGAGGAAGAGGAUGCCGAGGACGCAGCGGAUACCGGGAACGAGGUGGAUACCGAGGACGAGUCGGAGGACGAGCAUGCCGACGAAGAAGUGUCCGCGAGCGAUGCAAGGAGGUUUCUGAAGGCGAUCCGCAAGAGUAAGAAGAAGAAUAAGUAUCACGUCAGUCCCACGGACGCUGACCCCAAGCUACUGACCGAGCACUUUAAAACCUGGGGCCGCCAUUGUCACCGGCUAUGCGGCUUGUAUACUGAUGUCCACAAGACCAUCGUGACCGGCAUGACUGUGAUGCGCGCAGCUCCCCACGACGCCGACGAUUAUGAGUUGUGCUACAAGUCUAUACCCCAUAUGAGUCCCGCUACUGCAAAAUUCUAUACCUCCAAGUUCUUUCAUCUUUGUGAUCAUAUUCCCAAGUUCACGGCGCUUUGCGAGCAAAUCCUGUCAAGUCCCGAAAAUGUUUUCCUCUUCGCCAAAUACAUGCAAGUUCACGCAGCGGCUGGUCGCACCACCGACAUUUCGACACUCAAGACCAGUUAUCAUUCGUACUUCCCCUAUGUUAUCAUAGCCGGGGGCGACGUCAUCCCCCCGCCAGGCCCGGGCACACUAAGCGACCUCAAGACCCGAAAUGGUGGAUACUGCUCUACCUCCACAGGACGCCUCGUUGUCCCUAUUGACGAACUUGCCCAAUUUGACCUUGACCCCUCGAAGUUCUGCAAACAGAAGAUCAGCCAGAACAGGAAGAUCCAGGGAGCGAGCAGUGCCAUGCGUCACAAAAAGUGCCACCAGGCUGAUCGCCUCCGGACUCGUGAUGACAACAUGUCGUACCCGAGUUUCCUUUUCCCAACGGAUAUCAAGUACGACAACACCCACCCCGACCGCCAUAUAUUCAAGGGCAAUCUCCUCCUUUCGGGACCUUCUGCUGUGGGGCGCUCCGGGGGCUUGCGCGGUUUCGGACGCGCACCCUUGGUCGAGAUAUAUAGCAUCACAAAGGUCACGCCAGACUACAUAGUAUAUGUCGCCAGUCUGCUUCGAUACUUGCUGAGCACCGACGAUCGCUGGAAUGGCGACGACAGGCAGCGAUCCGGGCACUGCUUUCACACCGCGCUACACCGCCUCCUUACGAUUGAGUACGAAGCCUGGCAAGACGACAUUGAGGAUGAAUACGUUGAGCCAUCGGAAGAUCCAUUGGACUGGAAUGUAUUCGCGUUCUAUAACGACAAGGUGUUCGGAAACGAAGCCGGCGCUCCAGACCAGCAGGAUCCAGCUGCUGAUGUCUACGAAGAAGACUGCAACGACGCUGACAAUGUUCGCGCACAGGUACUCAAAGCCCGGAUGGCGGAACUCCUGGCACGUCGCGCGCAGCGCGCGACUCGCCUUCGUGGUGCAUCACCACAACGUGACGACACGCGGUCUCGGUCAUCCUCCGCAGAGCUAGUCGAUACCAACACCCACUUCAUCGACAUAACCGAAGAUGCAUCCCCGCCUGCCGAAGAUCCAUCUGAGCACGACACCGCAGACGACGCUCAGAUACAAACAUAG